CAUAAAACACAUCGUCUACUUGUUUCAAUUUACAACUUAUGUUUCACGUAGGUGACAUGCGCCUGUCACGCAAAUUGAGACGGAUGGACUAUCUACUUAACAAAGAAAUGGGCUAUUUCAAAUUUCAAAUUUCAAAUUUCAAAUUUCAAGUCAAAUCCAAUUUAAACACCAAAAAUCUUGAAAAUCUCCGUAAUUCAAUGAAAUGAGCUUCAUCAAAGCCUAUAGCACUCAUCGUCAUGCUAAACGAAGCUCGUAAAAGUUUCAUCCUCUUCAACAGAUUCAACAACUAUACUACUAAUAUUGACUACUCAUUGUAUGGUUAUUUAUUUCAACUAUGCAAACAGCAUUGCUUGAUUCGUCAAGGCAAACAGCUCCAUGCCCGUUUAAUCCUUUGUUCAACGACCCCAAAUAACUUCCUUGGAUCAAAGCUCAUUAGUUUCUACUUGAGAAACAAGCGUUUUAAAGAAGCACACCAUGUGUUCGAAGAAAUACCUGAAAGAGAUUUAUUUUCUUGGAAUGCCCUUAUGAUUGGUUAUGCUUCGGAGAAUUAUUAUGUAGAGACACUGAAGGUGUUUUAUUCUUUGUUGUAUGAGAAUCUUGAGUCACCCCAUUUGAAGCCCGAUAAUUUUACAGUGACUUGUGUGUUGAAAGCUGUUUAUGGGGUGUUGGGGGACUCUUUUUUGGCGAAAAUGAUGCAUGGUUACGUUGUGAAAAAUGGGUUUGAUUCGGAUGCGGUUAUAUUGAAUGGUUUGAUUGAUUGUUACUUGAAGUCGGGUGAUAUGGAAAUGGCAAAAAAUGUGUUUGAUGAAAUUCCUGAAAGGGAUGGAAUAUCGUGGAACUCCAUUAUAUCGGGUUAUUCUCGAUGUGAUUACUCAUUGUAUGGUCAUUUGUUACAGCUAUGCAAGGAACGUUGUUUGAUUCGUCAAGGAAAGCAGACCCAUGCCCGUCUUGUCCUCUCCUCGACGAUCCCUAACAACUUCCUUGCCUCAAAACUCAUCAAUUUCUACGCGAAAAACAAACACUUAAAAGAAGCACACCAUGUCUUCAACGAAAUACCCGAGAAAAAUACGUUUUCUUGGAAUGCACUUAUGAUUGGUUACUCUUCCGAGAAUUACCAUGUGGAAACUCUCAAGUUGUUCUCUUCUUUUUUAUCUGAGAAUCUUGAGUCGUACCAUGUGAAGCCUGAUAAUUUUACGGUGACUUGUGUGUUGAAAGCUGUUUCUGGGGUGUUGGGGGACUCUGUUCUGGCUAAGAUGAUUCAUUGUUAUGUCGUUAAAAAUGGGUUUGAUUCGGAUUUGUUUGUAUUGAAUGGUUUGAUCACUUCUUACUCAAAGUCAGUUGAUAUGGUAUUGGCAAAAAGUGUGUUCGAUGAAAUUCCUGAAAAGGAUGUAGUAUCGUGGAAUUCAAUGAUAUCGGGUUAUUUUCAAUGUGGGUUUUAUGAGGAAUGCAAAGGAUUAUAUAGAGAAAUGUUGCAGUUAGAAGGUUUUGGACCUGAUGGGGUUACAGUGGUGAGUGUUCUACAAGCUUGUGCUCAGUCAAAUGAUCUUAUUUUGGGAAUAGAAAUUCAUCAGUAUGUUAUAGAAAACGGGAUUGAAGUUGAUAUUUCAGUUUUUAACUCGAUUAUUGCUCUGUAUUCAAAAUGUGGUAGCUUGGACUAUGCAAGAGAGAUUUUUGAAGAGAUGGGUGAGCGGGAUGAGAUAACAUAUGGUACAAUGAUUUCAGGCUACAUGAAUUAUGGAUUUGUUGAUAAAGCUGUAAAUCUUUUUCGUGAAAUGGAGAAACCAUGCUUGAGUACUUGGAAUGCUCUGUUAUCAGGUCUAGUUCAGAAUAAUCUGUACGAACGAGCUUUAGAGUUAGUUCGUGAGAUGCGGUUAUCAGGUGUUCAACCUAAUGCAGUGACCCUCUCGAGUAUUCUUCCGGGAAUUUCUGAUUUAGCAUUUGCAAAAGGAGGGAAAGAAGUGCAUGCAUAUGCCAUUAAGAGUGAUUGUAAUCAAAAUAUCUUUGUUGCAACUGGAGUUAUUGAUAUCUAUGCAAAACUGGGGUUUAUACAAUCAGCAAGGCAAGUUUUUGAUCACACAAAAGAUCGGAGUGUCAUUAUUUGGACGGCAAUCAUCUCAGCGUAUGCUAACCAUGGAGAUGCCAAGGCUGCACUUGAUCUGCUUAAUGUGAUGCUGAGUCAUUGCAUAAGGCCAGACUCUGUCACAUUUACUGCUGUAUUGGCAGCUUGUGCCCAUUCAGGACUGAUUGAAGAAGCUUGGACAAUUUUUGAGUUGUUGGAGAAGUAUGGAAUCCAGCCUUUGGAUGAACAUUAUGCUUGCAUGGUGGGAGUUCUAAGUCGAGCAGGAAAGCUAUCUGAAGCAAUUGAUUUCAUCAGAAAGAUGUCAAUUGAACCCAGUGCAAGGGUGUGGGGUGCACUACUUAAUGGAGCUUCAGUUUAUGGUGACGUUGAAGUUGGUAGAUUUGCAUGUAGUCAUUUGUUUGAAAUGGAACCUGAAAGUACUGGAAACUCUACCAUAAUGGCAAAUUUAUAUUCAAAAGCUGGGAGGUGGGAAGAAGCUCAGGAGCUUAGGAAGAAAAUGAAAAGAUUAGGAUUGAAGAAGAUUAUUGGUAGUAGUUGGAUGGAAACAUGUCAAGGUGUAAAAAGCUUUGUAGCAACAGAUGAAUCAAAUGAAAAGACUGGAGAAGUUUAUGGGGUAUUGGAAAGUUUGCUUGGUUCGAUGAGGGAUGAUGGUUAUGUGAUGAUGGAUGAAUUUAAGGAGGAAACCAUGUGAUAUUUCUGCUCCUAUGAGUAAGAGGUUGCACUGUAGAAGUAAAAUUGUGGGCUUCAUGCAAGCAAGAUUACAGAGUUGCCAUCAACUCUGCUGUGUCAUUGUUCCGAAGAAUUGGGUUCCUUGUCUUAUCACGAGGAAGUAGAAAUGUGUUUAGCAAGCAUUGAUACUCUUCAGGGUCGUUUGGUUGGGAAAGAGUUAUCCCGCAGUUAAUUAUCCCACCAUGCAUACGAGAUAAUUUAUUCCAUCACUAUGGUGUAAAUGGUGCGAUAAAUAAUCCCGGUACUAACUAAUACCUCACACUAAACAUUGGAUAAAAUAGUCCUGCAUUUUAUACCAAGACUAUUUAUCCCUUAUACCUCACACCAAACAACUCCUUUCCUGUAGUGAUAACCAGUGGCGGAGCCAGGAUUUUCGUCAAGGGGGUUCAGAAGUAAACAUACGAACUAAUCGAAGGGGGUUCAACCUCUACUGUAUAUACAUAAAAAAUAGUUAAAUAAAAAAUAAUUUUAACUAUGUAUAAAUAGUAAAAAUUUUCGCCGAAGGGGGUUAACCCCCUUGGUCAAAUGUAGCUCCGCCCCUGGUGAUAGCAUGAAGCCAUUCUGUGGGAACUCAAGACACAACAUUUCAAGCAUAAAAGUUCUCUAGAAAUAAUUCAAAUAUGGGGUAAGCGUGUAACUAAUAAACGAAGAGAUGUGUUCUAAAGCACAAAUUGAAACCAGAGGGGCUUUUGAUGUAAACACAUUUAUGCUCAAUAUUCGUCGUUCAGUUUGAUGAAAUACUUUGGAGAGAGGGGAUCACCAGCUUCCGGAAGUCCUUUUGGAGGCAUUAGAUAUUCUGGUUAUACUGUUUGUAGCACACCUCUUGGAGGCGGCCCCUUCCCGGACCUUGCUAAUACGAGAUGCUUUGUGCACCAGGCUGCCUUUUCUAAUUAAAAAAAAUCUUGUAUUAUUUAAAUUUUGCUUGCACCGCCACGCCCAUCCCAACAAUUAUGAUCAUUUGCCCAAGUGGCUGAUGCAUCACGCAGUUCGUGAUCCAAAGUGCUGUCUUCUUGUAACCUAGCAAGUAUGAUGAUCUCAGUUUUUGAUGCAGAUAUACUAUUGUUUAUUACAAGAAGGUGCACAAAGCCCCAAAAGCAGCUUUGAUAUAUGAAAAAAGGGGAGUGACAAGAGCCCUUGAUAAGUGCAGGCUACAGUGGGGAAUAACUUGCACCAAACUAAAUUAUUAUGACUUUGUUUGUAGGGCCAAAGGGUGUACAUAUUUUUCCAUGAAUGGGCCAAAUUGAUAUUUUCCCUCUUCUGCUUGUUCUUUUUCACCAUGUGGUUAUACAGAGAUAAUGAAAAGAAAGGAAUUAUUGCAGUUGUUUAAACUGGA